AUGUCAUUCCUUGAUGAUGAUGAUUCUUAUAGCAACAAGACAACAUCUAGUUCAAAGAAACUAGGAUCGUUGUUUAGUGAGAGUAGCAAUAUGCAGGGCAAUCAAUCAUUACAGUACAACAGCACAAAGCUGCAGAGCUCUGCAACGGCAUCCACAUCAGCCUCUACACAAAAGACACAAGAACUGAUCAUAGGCUCAGCAGUACAUUUAUAUAAGUUUGAGCAGGAUAAAUACACUACAGUUGGAAGCUUCUCAGCGGCGAUCAUUACAUAUAGACCAAAUGGCAAGUUCCAUUUGAUGGUGUAUGAUAAGAAUAGGACGGCUAUGGUGACUACGACUAUCACACCGGUCUUUGUCUACACGGUCAAUGAGACUUAUGCCAACUUCACUGAUCAGGGCCAGGCAUGGUCGAUGAACUUUGGCACCAAGGAGGAGGCCGUCAAGUUUGCCACUCACGUCGCCAUUGCCAAGUGUGCCGCUGGCAACUACCAGUCGGUCGUUGACGUGGAGCUGGCGACUGCUCCCGCCGGAGUCAAGGGCGUCCAAGCAGGCGACCGCGUCACCAUCAAGUACACUGGCUGGUUGGACAACAAUCAGCAUCUAGGCGCCAUGUUUGACACAAACAUGAACUCGGACAGCACUCUGCGAUUCGUCAUUGGCGAGGGCAAGGUAAUCAGGGGCUGGGAGACUGGUGUCGUCGGCAUGAAAAAGGGUGUCAAGCGCAUCCUCGUCAUCCCGUCCGACAUGGCCUAUGGCAAGACUGGCAACGGCUCGAUCGCCCCCAACUCCAACCUGGUAUUUGAGCUCGAUCUUAUCGGCUUCAAGAAGCAGGCAGGUGUGGGUGAGGCUGCCGCGGCACCCGGUAGCGAGCUACCUGUACAACAGGCACCACAACAAGUGCCACAACAGAAUCUACCAAACGCAUUGUUUGAUAGCAUGCCCACACCACAGUCCAAUGACAAGGGUACACUGAUCAAUCAUAUCCAGCGUGUUGCCAAACUCUCAGAGGUUGAGCCAGACAAUAACAGUAACAACAGCAGCAACAGUGGCAGUAAUAGCAACAACAGUGGCAGCAACAGCAACAACUAUGGUAGUGGCAACAACAAUAACAAUAGCAACCACAGCAGCAAUAACUACAAUGGAGGCAACAACAGCAACAACAACAAUGGUUAUGGCAACAACAAUAACAAUAACAGCAACAGUUAUGGCUAUAACAAUCAACAAGGUGGCAAUAACUAUGGACAGGGAUACAACAGCAACAACCAGGGUGGAUAUGGAUCGAACUCGCCUUAUGGAUCACAACAGGGUCAGUUUGGACAGCAGGGCCAACAGUAUGGCGCACAAGGUUUCAACUCACCUUAUGGCACCCAACAGUUUGGCCAGACACAGCCGUAUGGCAGCGCAACAGGCAUCUACUCUGGUGCACUUGUCACACACCAGGGCGCCAUUGUUCCAAUGGUUCAGCCAAGCGCGACCGGCUCGCCACAGAUCAUCUUGCAGCCCACUCCUGCUGCAGCCCCCGCCCCAGCGCCCGCUCCAGCUCCAGCCCCUGCUCCCACUCCCGCACCCGCUCCAGCACCAGUGUUGCCAACUCCUCAGAUGCCAACUUCUUCGGCUGAGACCUUCCAGAUACUGGCCAAGGAGAACAAGCUGAAGAAGGAGAUCAAGAGCAGCCUGGCCGAGUUCAAGCAGCAGCUGAGUGAGGUCAACUCCAAGUUCGACACGCUCAAGCAUCCGAUCGUGCAUGGUGAUGUGCCCAUCUCGGGCAUGCUUCUUGUUCAGACGCUGAACAAGAUUGUCGAGGACAACGACCGUCUGGUCAAGGACAACGUCGAGAAGGAGACCAAGCUGACCUCUUACAAGGAGACCAUCGCCGCUCUGCACAAGAAGAACGAGCAGUUCCUCGAGGAGAACACCAGGAUGAUUGAGAACAGGAAUGAGGCGUUCAGCGACAAUGUAUCCAACACGAGGAAGCAAGUCGUGCAGCUGCAGAAGGAGAAGUCGAUCAUCGAAGAUGAGAUGGCCGAGAAGGAGAUCCAUCUCAACAGGGCUCUCAGCCAGAUCAACACACUGAAGCGUGAGAACGCUGUGCUCAAGGAGGACCUGCAGAGCACCAAGGACGACAUCUUAAAGAGCUCCACCGAUCAAGAGUCGUCGAGGACCGUCGAGAAGGAGCUCACAGCCAAGAUCCGCGCACUCAACAAGCUGUUGCUCAACGAGAAGAACUCGCGCAAGACAGAUGUCGACCGCAUCACAUUGUUGGAGGACGAGUUGAAGGACUCACAAGAGUCCGUGCAACAGAUCGAGAAGAAUUUCGAGGAGCAGGUCAAGAAGCUCAAGAUCGAUAUGCUGCGACAGAAGAAGCGUCACGAGGAGAAGGUUGCUACGCUCACCGUCGAGGUCACCGCCGCAAAGGACGCCCUGGAGACUGAGCGUUCGUCAACCGGCACCAACAGCCUGAUCGAGAGCACCAAGCAGGAGGUCGAGUCCAAGUUCAGUCUGAUGCUCGUCAAGAAGGACCAAGUCAUCACCGCUUUGGAAGCGGACCUUGCCAACGACCGCAAGUCAUUGGCCGAUGCACAGUCCGAGUUGGAGAAGCUCAAGAGCAAUGGAGAGGAUGUUGUCAAGCAACUCCAGUCAGAGCGUGCCAAGACUCAGGAGGCCUAUGAGAAGGGAUUCAACGAGGGCAUGAACAAUGCCGCACCAGCCGCUGGCGGCAAGGACACCGCAGAGAUCACCGCCAAGUUACAGUCGACCAUGAAGGAGCUGAACAAAGUCACUGAGCAGUUGCAGCAAGAGAAGAGCAAACAGCAGGCAGCCUACCAGACAUCACCACCGAGAUCAAGAUGCUGA